AAAGGAGGCACAAUUGGAUGAAGAAGGGCAGUUCCUUGUCAGAAUAAUAUACGACGACUCCAAAACCUACGACCUGGUGGCUGCCGCGAGCAAAGUCCUGAAUCUCAAUGCUGGGGAAAUUCUCCAGAUGUUCGGGAAGAUGUUUUUCGUCUUUUGUCAAGAAUCUGGCUAUGACACCAUCCUGCGUGUCCUGGGAUCCAACGUCAGAGAAUUUCUGCAGAACCUCGAUGCCCUGCACGACCACCUGGCCACCAUCUACCCUGGCAUGCGAGCGCCGUCCUUCCGGUGCACGGACGCGGAGAAGGGCAGGGGCCUCAUCCUGCACUACUACUCGGAGAGGGAGGGGCUGCAGGACAUCGUCAUCGGGAUCAUCAAGACCGUCGCCCAGCAGAUCCACGGCACCGAGAUAGACAUGAAGGUAAUUCAGCAAAGAAAUGAAGAAUGUGACCACACUCAGUUUUUAAUCGAAGAGAAAGAGUCAAAAGAAGAGGAUUUUUAUGAAGACCUUGACAGGUUUGAAGAAAACGGUACCCAGGAGUCACGCAUCAGCCCACACACCUUCUGCAAAGCGUUUCCUUUUCACAUCAUCUUUGACCGGGACCUGGUCGUCACGCAGUGCGGCAACGCCAUUUACAGAGUACUCCCCCAGCUCCAGCCGGGGACCUGCAGCCUUCUGUCCGUCUUCUCGCUGGUCCGUCCCCACAUCGACAUCAGCUUCCACGGGAUCCUGUCCCACAUCAACACCGUGUUCGUGCUGAGAAGCAAGGAGGGGCUCCUGGACGUGGAGAAGCUGGAGCGUGAAGAUGAGCUGACAGGGGCCGAGACCAGCUGCCUGCGGCUCAAGGGCCAGAUGAUCUACCUGCCCGAGGCAGACAGCAUCCUCUUCCUGUGCUCACCCAGUGUGAUGAACCUGGACGACCUGACCCGGCGCGGGCUGUACCUGAGUGACAUCCCCCUGCACGAUGCCACGCGCGACCUCGUCCUGCUGGGGGAGCAGUUCCGGGAGGAGUACAAGCUGACCCAGGAGCUGGAGAUCCUGACCGACCGGCUGCAGCUCACGCUGAGGGCCCUGGAGGAUGAAAAGAAGAAGACAGACACCUUGCUGUACUCCGUGCUGCCCCCGUCGGUCGCCAACGAGCUGCGGCACAAGCGCCCGGUGCCUGCCAAGCGCUAUGGCAACGUGACCAUCCUCUUCAGUGGCAUCGUGGGCUUCAACGCCUUCUGCAGCAAGCACGCAUCUGGGGAGGGGGCCAUGAAGAUCGUGAGCCUGCUCAAUGACCUCUACACCAGGUUCGACACCCUGACGGACUCGCGGAGAAACCCGUCCGUUUAUAAGGUGGAGACAGUCGGUGACAAGUACAUGACCGUGAGCGGCUUGCCCGAGCCCUGUGUCCACCACGCCCGGUCCAUCUGCCACCUGGCCCUGGACAUGAUGGAGAUUGCUGGCCAGGUCCAGGUGGAUGGCGACUCCGUCCAGAUAACAAUCGGGAUCCACACCGGAGAGGUCGUCACCGGGGUGAUAGGACAGCGGAUGCCCCGAUACUGCCUUUUCGGAAACACCGUCAACCUCACCAGCAGGACAGAGACCACGGGGGAGAAGGGGAGAAUAAACGUGUCUGAGUACACGUACAGGUGUCUGAUGACGCCUGAGAACGCAGACCCGCAGUUCCACCUGGAGCACAGAGGGCCCGUGUCCAUGAAGGGAAAGAAGGAACCCAUGCAAGUGUGGUUCCUGUCCAGGAGGGCCGUGGGCACAGAGGAAACGAAGCAGGAUGAUAACUGACUCUCGGAUCGGAGAUGAAGAGGACGGAGAUCGGGUUCCUGUUACCCUCUGACACGCCGUGCCGAGGGCCGCCUCCUCUUGGACGCGGGCCGGCUCUGCUAGGUGCAUGCGUCACCACCCGUAUCCAGCGUUAGCUCUGCUCUCGGUCAUUUUAAGGCGUUAGUAUAUUAUCCGAAACUUGCUCUGAUGUGCGUAUUGUGAGCUGCAUGUGUCUUAGAAUCUCCGGCAGGCGUUUCCUGGCCCGGGGACCUGCAAGGAGCAGAUACCCAGGAAAUACCUGUGGGGUUUAUUGACGUGAAAGUGGACAGACCUUGGCCGUCUACCUAGUGCUCCGUAGAUACGUGGUGUGCAUUUUAAUGAUGACAUGUAAGACAGUUUAUACCUUGUUGCUGUACAUCAUUAUAAAGAUCGUUUUCUAAAGGAGUGAAUUCUUAGUUUUAGGAAAAAAGAUGCAGUUUAUUUUCAGACUCCCAGCAUAAGAACCAAUGUGCCAAGAAAACAGUGACUAUUUUGCACCCUCUAACCCCCCUUCAAAAACGCGCGGCACACACUGCGACUGUGGGGCCCUGUAGCGACAAUCCCAUCGUAUCCGACUGUCGGGAGCCCAGGGCGGCCGUGGAAAGCCAGUCUGGGUGAGAUGCUGGGCUCGAGCUCGCAGUGGGUGUGGCAGAGCUGCGGGGCUGCAGGCCUUCCCUGCCAGUGAGGAGCCUCCCCUCUUAGCUCAGAAGGGUGUGAGGCUCUCUGGCAGCAGGAGCAGUAAGUCUGACAAAGAUGAAUUCCCGUUGGAAUAACUAGCCCGCUGGUCUAAAAGUCUCCAAUAAUUUAUUAAUAUCUAUCUUUAUAGAGUGCAACUACUUUUCUGUAAAAAUUUUUGUCUUCAAAUUUAGUACUUCAUAUUAGUAUGUAUAAAUAUUUCAUGUUAAUGUGUAAAAGAACCAGCAAUAAAUUAUUUUUUUCACUUGU